AUGUCCGAAGUUCGUGUUCCUCACACGGCCAGAUCCCUCUCUGGAACAAUCGGCGGCAUUCAAAUGGAUUUUCAGACACCCAACUCUGAUGCGUUUGUGUUGCACUCGUCAAAUAAACAGAUGGGUUUCAACCCAACCUUUUCAGAACGCAAAGUGAUUCUUUCUAGUCCACUCCACUCUCUUUUUAUCUCUCAAAAAAAAAGGGAAGCUAGAAAUUGUGAGAAGACCUUCUGUCUUCGUCCUGCCGUCGCCGGGACUAAAGUCCUUUCUAUUAUGCUCUUCCUUCUCUCUGGCUCCAUCCAAGUGCACGUUAUUACUCGGAUACUCGACGAGUUUCCAGAAUUGUCGACGUUCAAUCACUAUCUAACGGUGACACACCUUACCACCAAUAUCAACAACCGAGAGACCAUCACCGUCUACACCGUCAACAACACCAGGAUGUCAGAUCUGUUCUCCAAACACCCCUCUGUCUCUGCCCUAAAAAAUAUUCUCUCUUUUUACUUGCUCUUGGAUUACUUCGGCUCCAAGAAGCUCCACCAGGUUACCAAUGGCACCGCCUUAGCUGCCACCAUACCCCAAGCCAGCAGCUUGGCUUCCGGCCCAUCCAGUUUAGUCAACAUCGCAGGUCUCAAACGUGGCAAAGUCGGCUUCGGAGUCGAAGACAAUAACGGCAAUCUCGAUGCUAUUUUCUUCAAGUCAGUUCAUGAGAUUCUGUGCAACAUCUUCGUCAUCCAGAUCGUCAAGAUCUUGCCAUCGCCGAAGCCUGAAGCUCCUUCUCCUGGCCCAAGCACAAUGAAUCUAACACUUCUUAUGUUGGCUCACAGCUGCAAAGUCUUUGCUGACACUUUACUAGCUUCCGAUGUUGAAAAUAUGUACUAGGACAAUAUUGAUGGUGGAUUGACGGUUUGUCCCAUCGACGAUGCUUUCAUGAACUUCUUGCCGAAGUACAAGAACUUGACCGUGGCGAGGAAGCAGGCUCUGCUGGAGUAUCAUGGUGUUUCGGUGUAUCAAUCGUUGUCAAUAUUGAAUUCCAACAACGGUCCUAUGAACACUCAGACCACCGACAGAGCUAGAAAGCAUGAUUUCACGGUUCAGAACGACGGCGAAGGUGUGAUGUUAAAGACGAAGAUAGUUACAGCAAAAAUAACAGGGACUAUAAUUGACGUACUGCCAUUGACAAUUUUCUCGAUCGGUAAGGUUUUGAUGCCGAUGGAAUUAUUCAAGGCUGCUCUGACACCCGAAUCAGUACUGGAGGCGGAGGCGGAGGCUCCAUAG